AUGAUCAAUCAAUCAAUCAAUCAAUCUCAAGUUAAACAAUUGUUUAUUCAUGAAAUGAUUGAUAAUAUAAUACCAAAAAUCGAAGUUGUGCGACAAGAAAUGUAUCAUAAUCCAACAAGACGAUUCUACCAAGAAUCGGAAACAAUUCCUUUAUUAUCUCGGUCUUUAAAUUCUUCUAAUCAAUGUAAACAAUGUUUUGAAAAUUUAUUUGAAAAGAUACCUUUGCACAUGAAUGAUUAUUGUAUGUCUACUAGUCAAAUAUAUAAUAAUUCAGCAUGUAAUGAUGAGCAUAACUUACAACAACAAUCAACAGAGGAUAUUUUGAGAAUCUUAAUUGAUUUUCUUGGUGAAUUUUUACUUUUCCUUUCAUCAAUUACUCAUUAUGAACAAUUUUAUAGUCAAUUUCAACUUAAAAAAAUAGUGGAUGUUGCUGAAUUUAUUCAUCGAUUUCGUUUAACAUUACAAAUACAGUUAAAUAAUAUUCAUGAACAUAUGGCAAAUUCUUCUCUUCUGAAUAUUUCAACUAUCUCCUUUAUUCUUCAUAAACUUGCUUCGUUCAUUCAUUAUUUAGGUCAAGAACAACAACAAAAUGAAACUAUGAUUAAUCAUCCACAGACAACCAUGCUUAUACAAUUAUUAAAUCGUUUAGAAAAAAUCAUCCAAUCUUGUACAGAUUGUGCCAAUAUAAAUAACAAUUCAAAUAGUUUGCAAACAUUGAUAUCCGACAUAUAUCCAUGUACGAAUUCUUCUUAUAUUAUUGAUAAUCCAACAUUAUUUACUGAAGGCUUGUUAACAUGUAAUAGUUCCAACAUGUGUAUACCAUGGCCAAUUUUAGAACCAAUGAAAAAUUCAAAUGAACAAGAUAAUCAUUUUGGAUUGAUGUAUGCAAUAGACGAUGGAAAUAUUCGUCGAAAUUUAAGUUAUGAAAUUGGAGAAUAUAAACCAUUGAAUAGAAAAAAACGAGCAUUUCAAAAAACAUUAAAACAACAAUACAAACAAAAUAAUCUUUUAAAUGAAGAAAUGGAAUUCGAUAGUAAUCGACAAAAGACGCCAAGUUCUACUAACACUCGAAUGCCAAUAAUACAACAAAUAUCAGUUAAUUCUCCUAAAAUGAAUAUUAAAAUUGCUAAACAACAAGAUUUCAAUGAUAAAAAUGAAAGAAUAUCAAUAAACUCUAAAAUAUUUCAAGAUAAAAACAUUCCAACAAAUAGAUUUGGUAGUAGUCGUACUAUAUCACAACAACCAUCUAUUGUCAAUUCAAAACGAUCAUCAACAUUCUCAAGUGAUAAUUUCAAAAUUGAUAAACCUUUUAGUCUUCGUUCUAUGUAUGUACCAGAUAGUAGUGGACGCAUGACAACUCGUGAAAUAUCUCUUCAUACUGAAGAAUUACUUUUAACACCAAUGACAGAUCAUCGUGUAUCACAACGUACACCUUCACGUGCGACUCCACAACAACAACAAUUAAACAUUUACACAGAAAAAAAUGACAAAAGUGCUCCACUAUCACCUCAAUCUUUAGAAACUUCUGGAUAUCGAACUUCAUCAAACAGAAGAUCACGUAAAACUAGUCAAAGUUUAUCACCGGCACACAACAAAUCAAUAAAUACUAAGCAAUCACGUGAAUCAAUUCAAUCUCGUAAAGAUCUAUCGAUGAAUGAUAUUGGAGAAAAUAAAAGUACAUCAAGUAUUAGACAAAAUUUAAGAAAAUAUAUCAACCAAAGUCCAAUUUCAUAUCAAACACAUGUCGACAGUGAUGAUUCUUCAAUUACACUGACAUCUCCUAAUAAAACUAAGCAUAGUCCAAGUAUAUUGAACAAAAAUCGGGAACAAAAUUUAAUGUCACCUUUAUCGAUGACAUCGGUACAACGCAGCAAUAGUAUUCAUCGUAAACAAAAAAUCAGAAGUCCUAUGUCAAAUAAACAAUUUUCAAUCAAAAAAACUCCAAAUGAUAUCAAUUUUGAUAAUUAUUCUAAAUAUCAAACGUCUCCUUCUAGAAGUUUUCUUAACGAAAUCAAUGAUAAUAUUUCUCUAUUGAAUGUAAUUGAAGGACCAAAAAGUACUGAAGGAGAGAAUAAAACAAUAAAUAUGUUAUAUAAUAACAAAAAAUACAUAUCAACACCUAAUUGUGUUCCAAUAAAUACAGAACGACACCAAAGUACUAGUGCAAUAAGUGUUAGUAAUGAUUCACCAUUAUUUCUAAAGGCGAAAAAACAAAAAACCAACAAGCAAUUAUCACAAUCUAUAACAAGAAAAGAAAGAAAGCGCUGUAGUCAACAAGUAACUGAUUCACCAUUACAAUCAAACAAACAAGGAUAUUUUAACAAAUUUACGAGUUGUUUUCGACGAUCGAUUGUGAAUCGAAUCGAUCGAUUAGAAUAUAAAAAUAAAUGA